AUGCUCCAAACUUUAAGAGGAUUCCCGUUCGAUUUACAGUUUCUGCCUAAAGAUGCUAGAACAAUUUUACGCACUCCAACUACUAUUGCCAAUGGAGUAAUUCAACGUAUGACAGGAGGCGAAUAUUUACACGUUGGCUUCAAAUUGACUUUAAAAAAAAAACUAAAUCAAAUUCCUGUAGAUAUACUACCUGAAAUAAUUGUAAUAGACUUUAGUACUGAUGGGGCUAAAGUCAAUAAAAGUUCGAAACAAUUUUGGCCAAUUCAGUAUAGAAUACUAAAUAUCGGAGAUAAAAGACCAUUAAUAGCUGGCAUUUUCCUUGGAGACAAUAAGCCAUUAAACAUAUUUGAAUUUUUUGAACAAUUUGUUGAAGAAGUCAUUUCUGUACGUGACACUGGCAUUAUCAUUCAAGGCAGAAGGAUUUUUUUGACAAUACAUUGCUUCAUCGCAGAUGCACCAGCAAGGGCUCUUACUUUAAAUCAUAAUGGGCAUAAUUCAAGCAAACCUUGCUCUAAAUGCAUAGUUGAAGGUCACCAUUACAUGAAUCGAGAGGUUUUCCAUGGAAUAGGAAAUGAAUUACGUACCGAUGCAAGUUAUCGCAACUUGACAGACGAAGACCAUCAUUUGGGAGCAACCCCCCUAGUUGAUUUAUUGGAUUUAGUAAGACAAGUACCAUUUGAAGCAAUGCAUCUUUUGUGGCUGGGAAAUGUGAAGAAAGAAAUUUCGGCAAACGUAGUUGGAAAAUUUAAUGUUCGAAGAAUGUCUGCCAGAAAGUUGGCAAUUGUUGACUCCCGAAUGGAACAGCUUUCGAUGUACUGUCCUACUGAUUUCAACCGUCGACCAAAGAAAAUGAGUGCUUUUCAUACUUUCAAAGCCACAGAAUAUCGUCAAAUAGCUCUGUAUACGGCUCCAGCUAUAUUCGAAAACGUCUUCGAAGAUGAUUCUUAUCAACAUUUCCUAUUGUUGCACGUUGUUUGUCGCUUUCUAGUUUCGAAAGAAACAUCUCCAGAAACUCUAUUGUUUUGUAAGGAAUCUUUGGAAACUUACGUCACUUUGUGUGAAGAAAUUUAUGGAUUGCACUACUUGUCGUAUAAUGUGCAUGGUUUACUUCAUAUUGUAACAGAUGUAGAAAAUCUCGGAGACUUAGAGUCAUUUAGCGCCUUUGAUUACGAAAACAAUAUGCCAGAAUUUCGUAAAAUGAUUCGUAAACCAUACCUUAUUCUGCAACAGUAUUACAAAAGAACGAAAGAAUUAAAUGACUUCAAUCUUACGCCUCCUGUUCACGACAGACAAAUACGUGCAUCAUUAUCUCAUACAGAAGGACCGGUUCCUGAAAAUAUUCCCCUUAACAUAUGUGAACAAUUUCAAAAGUUGCAAAAUUGGGGAACUCACAUUUGCUACGAAUUUGCGUGACAGCUGUUGCAUUCUUCGAGAUACAAGAAUAGGGAUAGUAAGGAACAUUUUAAAAGUAGGAGAAGAAAUUUUCUUCAUUUUUGAAGCAUUCCAAAGAAAAGAAUCACUCUACCAUAUUGGAGUCACAUCAGAUGUUGUUGGUGUACAUCAUUGUUUGGAUUUGUCAAAUGUAGUUGAAGCUGUAACUUUAAAUAACGUUAAGGGCAAGUGCUAUCGAAUGCCAUAUUGGAGCCAUGUUGAAGGACAAGAAGAGCAGCCGUUAGAAAAUCAGUUGAUAUGUUGUACAUUGCUCAACCGAGAUGAAAUGCCUCAAAAUUAAACUGGUUUUUUUCUGAAAUCGAUUGUUCAUGUAUUUAUAUACCAUGGCAAGUAGCAGCGAAACGAAAAAACACAAAAUGUUUUCUAAAAAUCAAGUAAGAAUAUCCAGUAAAGGAAGAAGCAUAAAAACU